AUGACGGAUUAUCUGAAGUCGAGCAACAGCGAUCAUUUCGUUACCAGGAAUUCAACUACGAGCGGGGUGGGUUCACUUUUCUUCAUUGACCACGUUCGAUCCCUGCAUUCACGGAAAGACCUCAACUUCGAUCCAUUCAGCAUCGAAUUCGUGGAAGCGGUACGGCCAAGAGAAGCUACCAAUCCAAGGGACAAAAUAUACGCGGUGUGGGGCAUGGCAAGAGACCGCUUUACGCCUGAUUUUGAGGUCGUGUAUGAGCCAUCGGUCGAAGAUGUCUACAUCAAUUUCGCCACGUACUGUCUCGUAACCCGCAGAUCUCUUCGCAUCCUUUCUUCGGUAUCACCCACUCCACGCAAAAUGCCAUCUUGGGUGCCAGAUUGGUCUAUCUGUGGGUCGGAGCACCAGCCCCGAGUACUCAGAAAGUCAUUUGUCUCUUGGAGGCAACGUUUCUCCGCUGGCGGUACCUACCUCCCGACGGUUAGGCUACUCAAGGAGCAUAUGCUCAGCAUUCACGGCGCAAAGCUUUCCAGGAUCCUUCUAAAUGGGCCAACAUCGUGCGGUCCUACAGCUCGAGAAUCUACAGCUGACCAAGCGAGACUUGCACGAGUUCUGUCUACAAUCUGGGACCUGGCAAAACUAGGCAUUUCUGAUCUCUAUCCUUCCGGGGGUAGUCGCUUCGAAGCUUUCGUCACGACGUUAUACAGCACUGGCAGCUCCAUUUCAAACAUCUCAAAGGGGUUCUAUGAAGGGAAAGCCGAAGAUCCCAAUACCCGGCUGGGUGUUCUCUUCUUAAUGAAGAACUACCUUGAAGCCAUCACACGUAGCGAAGUUCAGACAGGAGUUGACUUCACAAGUCUGCCGCCUGAUAUUCGAGAUUUCGAUUCUUGGUCUUCGGAGGAUUUCAGACGACAGCCCGGCCGGUUCUUUGCGCAGGAUAUGCUUCUAGCUACGUUGCGCCGAUUCUUUGUAACUGAGAAUGGGUAUAUGGGCCUUGCCCCUCCUCAUGCAGAGACUUAUUGGGGAUUGCUAUGUUCAUGGACUGAUGGGCGGAGAGAGCGCAGAGUGGGGAGUACCAGGGCAGCAGUUACGGAUCGUAUAAUGCCGCAAUACACCCAUAUGAGUCUCGGCGUCUACCACAGCGAAGGGCUCCGCAGUAUUGCUUUUUGCGAAGUUCUUCCUGGCUUGGACGAGGAAGUCAAGCAGAUAAGAAGGACGUAUGGCGAACAAGGUUACAUUGUGGAAGACGAUGAGAUCCCAAUGUCCGACUCGGCUUCCUGGCUCCAACGCCGCCUAGCUCAAUUCUUCAGACAUACAGACGGUGAGACGCUCCUCAUGGUUUUCUACACCGGGCAUGCGGGCAGAGACCGCAGACUCAACAGUCCGAUUUUAGCCAGUCACAACAGUAAGGCCAAGCCGCCUUCUCUCAUCCCCUGGACCAACAUUCGUGGCCCUAUCUGCAGCGCACUGAGUGGCGUUCUCAUUGUCCUCGACUGCUGCCAGGCGGGAGGUGCCGAUGCAGAGCACGAUCUCAACUUCCAAGCCGAUCGGACGCGCAGCUCCUUCACCAAGCACAUCAUUACAGCCUCAAAGUGGGACCGCAACGCAAUUGCUGGACUGAUACCAACUAUCUGCCAAUGUUUUUCCCAUUGGGAUAAGGAUCGAGGACCUCUAACGACCUAG